AAAAUUCAAAAAUAGCCGAUGUGCGGCAGUCAGUGCGGCGAUGUCGACAGCGAACGACGGUUCGGCGGUACGGUUCGGCCGAUGGUGGUGGUGCUGGCGAAGAAGAAGGCGGAGUACUACGACCCGCGGCCCUACGAUGCCGACGACGAUGUACCAUCCGAAAACAAUCAUCCUUCUGAGCGUGCUGGCGUUGAUCUCGAUCCUCCUGGGUCCAGUUGACGCCGCCGCAAGGACGAAAGCUGAGGAGUCGGCCUCGUCCCGCGGCUCGGCCGGCAAGCAGAAGGAGGCCGAGCCGGUGAUCGAGGAAGUUACUACCAAGCAACUCGAACGGCUCCUCAACGAGAAGGACUUUGUUGCCGUGUAUUGGUAUGCCCGAAGUUGCACCACAUGCGACAAAGUCCUGGCCGAAUUGGAGAAAAUCGACGACGAUACAGACCACUUUGGAGUUGACUUUGUCAAGAUCAACGAUAAACGACUGGCGAAGCAAUAUGGUAUCAAAACCUUCCCGGCUCUUACGUAUUUCCGCGAAAAAGAACCAAUUAUAUACGAAGGUGACCUGAUGGAUGAGGAGAAUGUACUGGAUUUUCUUACGAGUUUAGAAGCAAUGGAUUUGCCAGAUCGUAUCGAAGAAGUUAAUGCAAAAAUUCUGUCGAAGAUUGUCGAGGAAACAGAUUUCGUGGCGGUUCUCUUCUGUCCAGACACGGAGCGGUGUGCAGGCACCGGUUCUAACAAGCCGGACUGCAAAAAGUGUCUCAAGGCUCUGCAAGAACUGGAGAACAUUGACGAUGAGGCCGAUCAAUUAGGUAUCGGCUUUGUAAAGAUCGCGGACGAACAGCUAGCGGACGAGUAUAAUCUCGGCCCUCUCCCAGCCCUUGUAUACUAUAGGCACCAAAUUCCAGUCAUUUAUGAACAUGAGUUGAGUAGAGAAGAAGACGUGCUGGAAUGGCUGGUGGCGAACAAGAGUACGGGAGAUGAAGAGGACAUUAUCGAAGAUGUCACCGCCAAGACGUUGAACACGCUAAUUGGAAACAUUGACAAUUUAGUCGUUCUUUUCUACGAUCACGGUGACGAAGACUCUAUGCAGGUCUUAAACGAGCUAGAAAAGAUCGACGAUGACUGCGACAAGCACGGUAUUCAGUUCGUGAAGAUCGACGACGAGAAGGCGGCGGAAGAAUUUGGAAUCGACGAUGUGCCCGCGAUCGUCUAUUUCGAAAAGCAGAUCCCAAAUGUUUACGACGGAGAUGUAGAAAAUGAGGACGAAAUUCUGGAGUGGCUGUUGUCGCAACUCGAGAAGGACGAGAUUGAAGACGUCACCGAUGAGAUGCUGGAUCGCCUUAUCAAAGAUGGAAAGACCUUAGCCGUAUUAUUCUACGACAAUAACGAUCGGAAGUCUCAGAAAGUUCUCAACGAACUGGAGAACAUCGACGAUGAAUGCGAUCAGCUCGGCGUAACGUUCGUAAAGAUCGAUAACGCGGAGGAAGCUAAGGAGUACGGCAUUCAAAAAGUACCUGCGAUGCUCUACUUUGAGAAGGGCAUUCCGACGGUAUAUGAGGGUAAUCUCGAGGAUGAGGAGAAAGUGCUCAAAUGGUUGGAGCAGCAACAGAAGGCUGAUCAGAUCGAGGACAUUACGGAUGAGAUGCUCGAUAUGGUUAUAGAGAAGAUGCCACACGUAGCCGUUCUCUUUUAUGACAAAGAUCAGAAGAAGAGUCAGAAGGUGCUGAGCGAGCUGGAGAACAUCGACGACGAUUGUGACCAGCACAACAUAGCCUUUGUAAAGAUCAGCGAUCUGGACGAAGCAAAGGAAUAUGGCAUAGACACGCUUCCCACUUUGGUGCUCUUUGAACGAAAGAUACCACAUAUUUACGAUGGCGAUCUCAUGAACGAGGACCAGAUACUGGGCUGGUUGUUACAUCAGAAAAAACACUCCGAGAUCCCGGAAGUAACGGAUGAAAUGGUCGAAAAGCUCGUAGAGACGUCGCCGUACAUAGCAGUCCUGUUUUACGACAAGGACGACAAACAGGACAUGCGGAUCCUGAACGAGUUGGAGAACAUAGACGACGAUCUAGAGAAGGAGGGGAUCGUCAUCGUCCGCAUAGACAACGACGCCGAGGCUAAGGAAUACGGUAUCGAUCAUCUCCCGACCCUGGUGUAUUUCGAAGAUAAAAUACCGGCGAUAUACGAGGGCGAUCUGCUGAAUGAGGACGAGGUCCUCGAAUGGUUGAUAGAACAAAAGAACAGCGCUACCAUCGAGGAAGUCACGGACGAGAUACUGACGGAUCUUAUAGAGGAGCACGAAUAUGUUGUGGUAUAUUUCAGUGGAAGUUGCGAUGAAGGAGAAGAAUGCGACAACAUCCUCGACGAAUUGGAGAAUAUUGAUGACGAGCUGGAUGAAACAGGCAUUAUAUUCGUUACUACUGAAGACACUAGCAUAGCGAAGAAGUAUGGUAUCAAACGUUUCCCGACUCUCGCGUUUUUCCGAAACAAGGACCCACUGAUCUACACGGGCGAUCUCGAUGACGAGGACGAGGUAUUAUCUUGGAUCACAGACGAGGACACUUUGGAGAUACCAGGAAAAAUUGAAGAAGUCAAUGCUAAAAUGCUGGAGAACAUUCUCGAUGAGAACGAUUACGUCGUCGUCUUUUUCUACAAAGAAGGCGACAAGAAGAGCCAGAAGAUCCUUCAGGAGCUCGAGAACAUUGACGACGAGUGCGAAGAGAAGGAGAUCGACUUUGUAAAGAUCUCCGACGAGGGAAUAGAGAAGGAAUACGAUCUUCCGGGACUACCGGCGCUGGCAUUCUAUAGACACAAGUUCCGGCAGAUCUAUACGGGCGACAUGAUGCACGAGGAAGAGAUCUUAGAAUGGGUCCUCGAGCUUCGUACAACAACACCGGAUGUUAUCGAGAGCGUCGAUAGAAAAACAUUACAAGUGCUGAUCAACGAUGUCGAGCAUCUCGCCGUAUUCUUUUACGACGACAAAUGUGAAUCCUGCGCGGAGAUUCUCGAGGAGUUGGAAACGAUUGACGAUGAUACCGACAAACACGGCAUUCAAUUCGUCAAAUCGAACGACGCUAAACUGGCGGCAGAAAUCGGCGUUUUCUCCUUCCCGGCUCUCGUUUACUACGAGACCGGAGUCCCCAUCAUGUACGACGGUAAUCUUAAGAACGAGGACAGAGUUCUGGAAUGGCUAAUCGAACAGAAAAGUAAUGAUGAUGAUGAUGAUGAUGAUGAUGAUGAUGAUAAUGAUGACGAUGAUGAUGAUGAUAAUGAUGAUGAUGAUGAUGAUGAUGAUGAUGAUGAUGAUGAUGAUGAUGAUGAUGAUGAUGAUGACGAUAAUGACGAUGAUGAGGAUGAUGAGGAUGAUGAUGAUGAUGAUGACGACGACGACGAUAAUGACGACGAAGACGACGACGAUAAUGAUAAUGACAACGAUGACGACGACGACGACGACGACGACGACGACGAUGACGAUGACGAUGACGAUGAUGAUGGUGAUGAUGAUGAUGAUGAUGAUGAUGAUGAUGACGAUGACGAUGAUGAUGAUGAUUAUAACAACGAAGAUAGCCAAGAUAAUAAUAAAUUGAACAAAGUUCUGAAGAAAAUCCUGGACAAAGGCGACGGCUGUUUCUACAUCGGGAUGGGAGGUAAAAGCGCGAAACCCAAGAUUCCCUCCUAUGAGCCCUACCAGUGCUGUCCCACCAAGCUCGCCCACGGCACCAAGGUCGCCAAGGUCACCAAAAUCGGCCCGGUUACUAAGGACAAGAGCAAAUUUCGAGAUACCGGCAGAACGGAUAAGCCACUACUGCCGGCUUUGAAGCCGAUAAACAAGCUCACGGCCAAGGAGAGUAAAAAAUCGGCAACGAUAUCAUCGAAAAUCGACAGCGACACAAAGGAAUCCAAGUCCAAGGCCAAAAGGGGAUUUUUUGGAAGCGGUACUUCGCGGGUCACGCGCGGUCCAUGAAGAGCGUCAACGACGCACAACUUCCGGACGAACAAGACGAUCGAAGAUUCGACACGUGACUUCCACGCGGCUCUGGCACCGGCACCGGCUGGAUUCUCCGAGUCUUCGAGUCGUCAGAAUAACGAGCACUGAUUUCUUGAUCGCGCCGAUUCAUUUAUUUAUCGGGCAAUUUAUUACCAUCGAAUGAUCAAUGAUUCGGCCGAAUCAUUCGCAGAGCGUAAUCUCUUAUCGUGUAAUAAUUCAGCGCGGCGGUGAUGGAGCUGGGGUUAUUCACGAAUUACGAAGAGUUACUUUCUCCCCUGAGGAUAAACGAUUUCAUGUACAUAUACAUUUAUGAGUUAUCGCCAAUAAAAUAAUUUUUGGACAAUCUUCGUCUCGGCGAUAUGUUUAAAAAAAAAAGCAAUUCGUAAAUCAGCCUAGCUCCUAACGUUUGUAAAACCUUCGUCCGUAAAUAUAUAAUUUCCUACGAGCUAUGCAUUGAUCGAUCCAAAAUAUCUGCUUUGAAUUCGGACCCCAAGAAUCCCCUUGAACGUACAUCGUUAUGGAAGAGGACAGACGACAGUGUAUUUAAUACAUAAAGGCGCAAAAAAAUAGUGAGAAUGAAUUUUUCUGUCCUCUCACUGAGAGUUGGGUCGGGGUUGUGGGUUGUUGCAGUUGUGGCUGGAAUACCGUACCUCAUGAAGGUCUAAAUGCCCGACACGUACAUCGGCGUCUGGACGCGCGAGGUCGAGCUGUGAACGGCGAUUAGGGAAUGAAGAAAAAGGACUCGCAGGACGAUGGUCGAACGAAGGCAAUUCGCGCGACAGAAAUUUCGCGCAAUGACGGAAGAAGUCAGGUGCUCUAUGUUAUCAUAUGCUAACAGCACGAACAAGAUAAAUUUCGCCGCUGAGCGAGUAAAGAUUUUAUGUUUCUUAAAGGAACGAAAUAUGUCGUUACUAUUCAACGCAUUGUUGUCAUCAUUUAUCAAUUAUCAACAAUAGUAUCCCAUGAAGUCCCAUCAUCGUGUUCGCCGUCGAAUUCACUUGUCGUCAUUAUUGUGUUAUUACCGUCAGCGUCAUCGUCAUCAGUAUCAUAAUACAAUGUCAUCUUCAUCGCUGUAGUCGUAAAUGACAUCGUCAUCUUUCUUCUCGAUGUGUUCAUCCGUCUGUCAUGCGCAAAAAGUAAAUGAACAUCCGCGAGCGAUUUUAAUGUUUCUGUUAAUAUUACGUAUGUAAGGAGCCUAGAUGUAAACGCAUCCUACGAUCGAUAAAAGGAUAUUAAGAGAAUUAAUUCGGCAUCGGCUGUGCGUAUACGAUACUAAAAAUAUUCGAGAAGAGUAAUAUUCGACAGCAUGUCAGUUCGAUGCCUGCCGAUGGUCACGCGAUAAACAGAAUUAUUCUCGUAACGUAUGCAUUUCUUAUGUAGAAUCUCGAUCCUUAACAUCCGACCGCCGUCUAACGCUGAAUAUUGUUUAUCGGUUUUGUUUUACUCGUUAACCCGUUAACGUCACGAAGAGCGAUACCGCCGAUUUGUUGCAUUUCAUCGAUAUAACAUUCGCACGCAGUAAUGGGUAGGACUUUCUAGUAAUAGAGAAAAGGAAGUGUAAACAGUCGCUGUUGCCGAGACUAUCGAUAGUGUUCUACCUAGAUUUUGCGGUACGCGCUCUAGCGUUUAAUUUAACGUGAGAGAGAUUAAUCGUUUGUAACUAAACCCUUUCAUUCUGGAGCCUCCGUUUUAUCGAUCUCUGUAUGCUUUCUCUUCUAUCCCAAUAAAGCCUACUGAUCCUCGAGCUAACUUUCCUCUUCAACAUUAUAUUUAUAAGACUAAAGAGAUCUCAAGAAUGAAAUGGCUGAGACCCAGAGUUAGUGCAAAGCUAUGAACAAAUGUCUUGCCUAUAAUUUUAUUUAUAACGAGAUUUCUUAAUACAUGGAGUUCCUACAGUGUGUUUAUAUCAGUUUUCUGUUUUAAAACGGGAAAAAAUCAGAAUCGUCAUGAAUAUCAUUUUAACAAUUUUGACAAUGUCAAUAAAAAAUUGCCAUAGUUUUAAAAUAUUCAUAACAGUUACUGAAAUUAUCAUCUAUAUCGCAAUCUUAUUCUUGAAAUUUCGGGAUUUAUGUACUUUCGGAAUUAAAUGAUAUACAAAAUAAAAUACAAAAAUGCAUACAUACAAAUAAAAUCUUAAGAGUUAUAAAGUAAUUGUAUGUAUUGAGUUUCUUACUUAAAAAUUAUUUUUAAUUCCGGCAUAAAUUUCUGCUUUUUUUGCGAUAUGUUGAGAUUCACUCGAUAUGUGUUUUGUUACAUUCAACAUUUUUAAAGUUUAUCUAGCUUAGGUUCAUGCUGGCUGUAUGAACCAUAAAAUGAAGAAUAGGCUUUCGAAAAACUGCGAUUAAAACGCGCGGUAAACACUAUAAUAAUAGCAUCUAUUUAUUUAUUUAUUUAUUUAUUUAUUUAUUUGUAAUUAAAAUACUUUCUCUUAUAUAUAUUCAUUUUCUCGCUCUGUAUCUAAUAAUCUGCGCAAGAUACAAAUGUGUCAUCACUCUUAAAAUUGUCAUAUAAUAUUACAGGCGGGAUUCGCGUAAUAUUGUAUCGCGAUCUAAGACCGUAAAGUUGAUCAUUUUAGAUACUUUAGAAAAAUUCGUCGCAUCAUCAAUGAACGAAACUUUUUGUCUCACUGUAUCUGUGAUCACGAUUAUCAGACGUCAUGAAUUAUUGCUCGUGAACGUUGCGUGCGAGUCAAUAAAUCCGUGUUAUUCGCAUAAGAGCAGCAUGUACGAUAAUAAAAGUCGAUAUUAUACGAUAACAAUAAAUACACAUUUCCUAAUA